AGCUGUGGGGCUAUAUAUAGUCUGUAACCUCAGUCUCUUAGUUACUAAUAAAACGUUGAACCCAGGUUAGGGAGAAAGGUGGGAUGGUUUGUUUGUCGUUGGUAACCAGGAGACAGAAUCUCAGGAUCGCAGCCUGCAGGAGGAAGAUGAAAUGGAACCAGACCGUCCCGGAGCUCAGCACUGCGCAAAGGAGCUUUGAUGGCAUGUCUUUGGGGUCAUCGGGGUCCAUGGCUUUCCGGGAGAAAGGAGGUCGGGGCUGGGGUGGAGGCUGUUCGCGGCUGUGUUGGAGUAUCACUGGGCUGGUGCUGUUGUUGCUGGGAUUACUCGGGGCUGCUGUUGUUUGUGGAAUUCUCUUCGGCAUCCCACUGCCCACCGCAGCACAAAGAUUCUGUGCAACUGUCAGCAACACGUCCGGCUUCCUGUGUGAUGACAGAGUGACUUGCCUGCAGCCGUCCCAGGUGUGUGACCGAGCGAGAGGCUGUGUAACCGGAGAGGAUGAGGACCCUGCACUGUGCGGUAACUUGCCGCACUCGCUCCCAGUCCACCUGCUGUUCUUGUGCGGAGAUGCCGUCUCCUGGAUUUACGCCGACAAAGUGUGCGACGGCUUCAACAACUGCGGAGACUGCUCGGACGAAAGUUUCCCCUUGUCAGAGUGUGGUGGCUGUGGGCCCCAGCAGUGGAGCUGUCAGUCUGUGUUCUAUCAAUUCUGUGGCUGUGUGCCCAGGGCGCUGUGCCAGGAUGGCAUACAACACUGUACCGACUGGUCAGAUGAGUACAUCUGCCAGGCAUAGGCCACGCCAGGAACUGUCCACUGCAGGAAGACAGUCAAGAGACAUCGUGACACAUCACAGACCUGAAACCUUACAGUAAAAUGGCUUCACAGACUGUGUAUUGUGUGGAGUUUGAAGCUUGGAACCUCUGUGCUCAAUCCCACAUCGAACAUUAAAGAUCCUGCGGUGCAAUUGGAAAAGAGAAGGGAGUUUCUCUCUC